AUGUUUGUUCCUGCUCCUCCAACCCAUGUUCCUGAUGGCCUGGAGGAUCAGUUUAUCUGUUUCCUGUUACCAGAUUCUGGGAUCAGAUUGACUGGAUCAACUUCCUGCUCUGGGAGAGUUGAGAUCAACCACAACGGCCAAUGGGGAACAGUGUGUGAUAACGGCUGGGAUCUAUCUGAUGCUCAUGUGGUCUGCAGACAGUUAUCCUGCGGUUCAGCAUUAAACGCCACUUCAUCAGCAGUUUUUGGUGAAGGAACCGGUCAAAUCUGGCUUGAUGAAGUGAACUGUACAGGAAAUGAAAGCUCUCUAGCCAACUGUCAGCAUCCAGGGUUUGGGACACACAACUGUAAACACAAUGAGGAUGCUGGUGUGGUCUGCUCAGGUCCGGUGAGGCUGGCAGGUCCUGGAUCAACUCGUUGUUCUGGAAGGGUUGAAGUCCUCUUUAGAAAUACCUGGGGAACGGUCUGUGAUGACAGCUGGGGCAUAGCUGAUGCUGAUGUGGUUUGUCAACAGCUGGGCUGUGGUACAGCACUCAAUGCAACGGGCUCUGCAUACUUUGGUCAAGGAGAUGGACCAAUCUGGCUUGAUGAUGUUCAGUGCUCAGGACAUGAAAGCUCUCUAACCAGCUGUGGAAGCAACGGUGAAGGGAAACACAACUGUGGUCAUGGUGAGGAUGCUGGUGUGAUCUGUUCAGACUCUGUUAUCAGAUUGACUGGAUCAACUUCCUGCUCUGGAAGAGUUGAAAUCAACCACAACGGCCAAUGGGGAACAGUCUGUGAUGAUAACUGGGGUCUAUCUGAUGCUCAGGUGGUCUGCAGACAGUUAUCCUGUGGCUCAGCAUUAAGUGCCACUUCAUCAGCUGCUUUUGGUCUAGGAACUGGUCAAAUCUGGCUUGAUGAUGUGAACUGUACAGGAAGUGAAAGCUCUCUAACUGAUUGCCGUUAUCGAGGGUUCGGUACACACAAGUGUAAACAGAACGAGGAYGCUGGUGUGGUCUGCUCAGCAAAUUUUCCACAGCCAAGGAUCUCUUUUAGCCCGGCUGCUGAGGUCACCUUGGGUCAACAAGUCARCAUCACUUGUUCUAAUGCAGCUGCACCUUUAAGUGGAACAUUUAUUCUUCAACAGACUUCAGGAUCAUUCAGAAUGAAUCAGUCAUCAGAUUCCAACUCUGCUUCCUUCAACAUCCCUAAAGUGACCAUCGAUCAUAAUGGAGCAUUUCAGUGUCAGUAUGAGAUGUCAAAACAAACAUUCUCCUUCCUCAGUAACUCUGUUAAUCUUAGAGGUAAGACUAAAUAAAUUGCAUACAAAGUGAAA